AUGUUUCGGCGCGGUUUAUCAGACGCAGAAAUUGCGGAUUUGAUCAAUCAUAGCGACACUCUGGAUAAUGUAGAGAGUGAUUCAGACGAUUCUGAAUGCAAUGGUGUGUUUGAAGAAGACGAGAUUGAUGACAGUUUGUCUUCAGAUGAAGACGAGAAUGAUGUUGAAGGUGUUGCUUCAAAUCCAGCAGCUGUGCCGUAUCCGAAAGACAGUGAGUGGACUGCAGUUGACACCUACCGACCUCUGCCUGUCAACACGACACCCAGGCAGAUACUAGUGGAUAUUGAUGAGUCGAGUUCUGUACUGGAUUGCAGUAAAGUGUUCCUUACUGACAGUGACGUAAAUGAACUCAAGAGACAGACAAAUUUGUAUGCAUCACAGACAAUACAGAAGAAAAGAAGAGGAAAUAAUCUGAAGCCCCAUUCAGUUUUGAGUUCGUGGAAGCCAGUGACUAUAAGUGAGAUGAGGCGUUUCUUGGGUAUUAUUUUCCACAUGUGUGUUUCGAAAAAGCCCAAAAUUGCGGACCAUUGGAGCACUAAUCCUGUUCUUAGUUGUAACUUUUGUCCCCAUGUCAUGAGCCGUUUGCGUUUCACUCAGAUACUGUCAUGCUUGCAUCUUGUUGACAAUUCAAAUCAGAAAAAACCAGGCGAAGAUGGAUUUCAUCCACUUUACAAAGUUUUGCCAUAUUAUAAUAAUUUGAAGGAGCGAUGUAUCCAGGCAUAUCGUCCCUCAGAAAAAGUGACAAUUGAUGAAGGAAUUUGCCCAUUUCGAGGUCGUGUGAGUUUCCGUGUUUACAUGCAAAAUAAGCCUCAUAAGUAUGGACUGAAAGUAUAUGCUGUUGCUGAAGCCAGUAGUGGCUAUGUUGUAAAUUUUGAAGUUUAUGCUGGUAAGCAUAUUGUUGACAAUUCUUCGUCUGCGGUUAUUUUGCGAUUGUUGUCUGACAGCAGCUUGCUGAACAAAGGCCACACUGUGUAUUUAGAUCGAUUUUAUUCCAGUCCAGAGCUAUUUCAGCAACUGGCAGAGAAAGGCACUGGAGCUGUUGGUACUGUGAACAAAUCCAGGAAAGGAUUGCCUAAAGAUUUAGUAUCUGCUAAGCUGAAAAAGGGCGAAAUGUCUUUUCGGCGUAAAGAUAAUGUAUUGGCAAUGAAGUGGAAAGAUAAGAGAGAUGUGUAUACAUUGUCUACAAGGCAUCAAGCAACAUUUGGUACGCAUACUAAGAGAAAUGGGUCUGUAGUAUUGAAACCACUUCAGGUACUUGAUUACAACCUCAAUAAAAUUGGAGUGGAUAUUGGAGACCAACGCCUGCAGUACAAUCCGUUCCAGCACAGAACUGUGAAAUGGUGGCGAAAAUUAUAUUUCCAUUUGCUGCUUAUGGGAGUAUCAAAUGCAUUUUGGCUGUACAAUGCAGUGCACAGGAAGAAAAUUACAAUAACAGACUUUAUAACAGUGCUUGCAGUUCAGCUUGUUGAAGACGACACACUUGAAUUCAUUCCAAGAAAUGAAGGAACUAUAGUAGCAUCCUUUCUCCCCACGCCUCCACCACAAACAACACGCGCCGCGGUGCUGCUGUUGCUGCUGCUGCUGCUGCUGCGCACACCCCAGGGCCAGGACCAGCCCAGCGUGGCGCCGGGACACCUGUGGCGCUGCGAGCGCCGAAUAACGCCAUCUAUUAAUCAUGGCGGCGCCCCGGUCCGCGCUGGGCUAAUCUGGGGUCCCCAGUGCCGUGCUGGGAGUGCGCUGCUGGCAGUUCCCCCAACAGGAAGGCCUCCAGUAGCACCAGGAAAGUGA